AUGACUCGCGGAGAUCCUGUUUGUCGGAGGGAGGAUUGUUCUCCCUUCGACAUUGGCCUAGUUUUCAACGAGAUCCACAACUACUCGCCGCAUCAGAAGCUGGAGUUCGUCGAAAACGUGUGGAAACCAGGUGAGCUUUUUGAUUUCCCCGUGUCAAUGGAAAAUGGAAAAUCUCGUAAGUUUGUCUCGGGCUGGCUGAAAAGAUUUCCAUGGCUAGCUUACUCCAAAUAUUUCGAUGGAGCAUUUUGUUUAGCUUGUGUUUGUUUUGGAGUUCAGUGUGGGCGAAACGCUAAUAAGUUAGACAAAUUAUUGAAGUCUCCUCUCACAAAUUGGACUUCGGCCGCUUCUCGCUUAACCAAACACUCGCUAGGAAAUUGUGAAAUUCACAAUUUUUCUAUGACUGCUAUGAAUGAUUUCAAGAGAAUGAUGCAAAGAGGAGCUGUCCCAAUUGACCAGCAGUUAAAUAACAUAGUUCAACAGCAAAUCGCGAGAAAUCGGGAGAUUCUAAAGUCCCUUUUCAAAACUAUUAUUUUCUGUGGGAAAAACAACAUCCCACUCAGUGGGCAGAGAGACGAUGAUCCCACUAAUGCUGCCCUAACCGGUAAUUUCCAGGCAUUGCUAGAAUUCCGGGUAGACAGUGGUGACCAAACACUGCAGCAACACCUGGACACUGCACCCAGAAAUGCCACAUACAUUUCAAAGACCAUUCAGAAUGAAAUGAUAGAAACUGUUGGUGCUCACAUUUUGAAUGAUCUAUCACAGGAAAUAAGAAAUAGUAAGUAUUUUUCAGUUAUGGCAGAUGAAGCUGCUGACAUUUCAAAUAAGGAGAAUGUUUCUGUAGUAAUAAGAUUUCUGGAUACAACUAAAACCAUCCGAGAAGAAUUUAUUGGGUAUUACAUUUGUGAGGAGGGAUUAACAGGGGAGGCUAUCAAGGACAUUAUAACUGCAGCUGUAGCAAACUUAGGAUUGAAAAUGGAAGACUGUCGUGGGCAGUGUUAUGAUGGUGCAGGCAAUAUGGCUGGAAGACUAAAUGGAGCCUCCUCAUUGAUCAGUGCAGAACACGAAAAGGCAAUCUAUGUCCACUGCAUGAACCACAGGCUUAAUUUGUGCAUAGCAGACACUUGCCAAUUGCCAAUUGUCAGGAACAUGAUGGAUAUUGUGCGCAAGAUUUCUAAUUUUUUUAACAACUCUCCCAAGCGUCAAUAACAUUUAAUAGCCAAGAUCAGAGAACUAUUGCCUCGGGCAAACCAUACUGUUUUAAUUGAUGUGUGCCGCACACAAUGGAUUGAACGGAUUGAUGGAAUGGACCGCAUAGUUGAACUUCUCUACCCAGUCACAGCUACACUUGAAGACAUCUCACUUAACAGAAACAGCCCUGGAGACUCAACCUGGAAUCCAACAAGCAGACAUGAUGCUCAGUCCUUAAUUAAUGCAAUCAACUUUUCCUUUAUUGUUUCUCUUGUUAUUGUCAGACAUAUUUUGGGAUUAACUAGACCACUCACAGUGAAGCUGCAACAAAAAGCAAUGGAUCUUCUAAAAGCUAAAGAUGAACUUGCUCUUUUGAAAUCAGUCCUUGAAGACAUGAGCACUGACAUUGAUAACAGACAUCAUAAUCUCUACCAGGAAGCAGUGACCAUUGCAAGACAAGUAGCAGUCCAGCCAGAAAUGCCAAGGAUAGCCCAGAGACAAAUGCAUAGAAAUAAUGCUCCUGCUGCAACUCCUGAGGGGUAUUUCAAGAUCAAUCUCACUAGAGUUUUUCUUGACCAUGUACUCCAGCAGCUCAACACCAGAUUCCAGGAUGAUGUAUUUGUUUGCUAUAAAGGUAUUUCGAUUAUUCCCUCUGUUUUACUAGCUACUGACCCUGCCUGGAAGGCCAAUGUUUUGGAAUUUUGUAACCAUUACAGACAGGACAUAACAAAUUAUGCAGGAUUACAGGCAGAGCUUUUGUUAUGGGAGAGAUUGUGGAAGGGGAGGGAUAACAGAGGAGAUAUUAUUCCUGACAGUUUGGAGGCUACAAUGAAGGAUAUUGACAAAGAUGCAUAUGUCAACAUCUAUUCCAUGCUGAAAGUCCUGAUCACAAUUCCAAUUUCAUCUGCAUCUUGUGAGAGAUCCAUAUCAUCCCUUCGGAAUCUUAAGAACUAUUUGAGAAAUACAAUGACCCAGGACAGACUGAAUGGAUUGGCACUGAUGCAUGCCCACAGAGACAUGGAUUUUGACCUUGAACGUAUAAUAGAUUUAUUUGCU